GCCCACCCAGCAGCAUAGCAGAUCGAAAAAUGCUUCCGCUAUUGCUUCAUCUCCUGCAACCUCGCAUUUGUUGUUACGCUCUUGUUGUUUUGAGUGCCUCUCUGUUUUUGAUGUCUCAAAUAGUACCGAAGAUGUUUCGAUGCCGUUUUCAAGAACCAACCGCCGGGAUUCCUCCAGGGAGUCCAGGAUUACCGCUGAUUGGAGAGACCUUGCAGUUCAUGGCUUCCAUCUACAGUGGCAAAGGCUUCUAUCACUUUGUCCGGGUUCGCCAUCUCCGGUACGGGAACUGCUUCAGGACAAACAUCUUUGGGGAGACGCAUGUCUUUGUUUCGAGCACAGAGUCAGCCAAGGCAAUCCUGAACAAUGACUCGGGAAAAUUCACCAAAAGAUACAUAAGGUCGAUCGCAGAGCUUGUUGGUGAUCAAAGCCUUCUCUGUGCUUCUGACCAACACCACAAACUGAUCCGUACCCGUCUCUCCAAUUUGUUCUCAGCUACUUCUAUAUCAGUUCUUGUCAAACAGUUUGAUGAAUCAAUCGUGGAAACAUUCAACUGCUGGGAUGAUGGCAGCACUGUGGUCGUACUCCAAGAGGCACUCAAGAUAACUUGCAAAGCAAUGUGCAAAAUGCUGAUAAGUCUAGACAGCGGGGAAGAACUAGAGAUGUUGCAGCAGGAAGUCGCCCAAGUUUGUGAAGCAAUGCUCGCAUUCCCUUUGAGGUUACCUUGGACAAGAUUCCAUAAAGGCCUCCAGGGCAGAAAAAGAAUAAUGAACAUACUGGACAAGGCGAUUAGUGAAAGAAGAGGAGGCAUAAAACAAGCUUAUCAAGGAGAUUUUCUGCAACAGAUGUUGAUGGAGGAUGAAAAAUCAUCUAGUACUCAUGAUGAAGCUCCAAGGCUGACAGAUGCAGAGAUUAAAGACAACAUCUUAACUAUGAUUAUUGCAGGUCAGGAUACAACAGCAAGUGCAAUCACAUGGAUGGUUAAAUUCUUGGAUGAGAACCAAGAUGUCCUUGAGACACUUAGGAAUGAACAACAGCACAUGGCAAAAAAGACUUCACUGAAGCCAUAUCUUUCGGUUGAAGAUCUUACUGAGAUGCCUUAUGCUUCUAAGGUUGUAAAAGAAUCCCUACGGAUGGCAUCAGUAGUACCAUGGUUCCCAAGACAAGCACUCAAAGACUGUGAGAUUGAAGGAUUUAAGAUCAAAAGAGGUUGGAACGUUAAUAUUGAUGCUAAAUCAAUACACCUGGAUGCUAUGGUGUACAAGGAUCCAAGAGAGUUCAAUCCAACAAGAUUUGCUGGAGAAACAAAGCCAUACAGCUUCUUGGCAUUCGGAAUGGGAGGGAGGACUUGCCUUGGGAUGAACAUGGCCAAAGCCAUGAUGCUUGUGUUUCUCCACCGUCUGAUCACCACAUACAGGUGGAAGGUGAUGGACCCCGACACGAGCACUGAGAAGUGGGGGCUUUUCUCGAGAUUAAAAAGUGGCUGUCCGGUGCAAUUGAUGAGAAUCACUGAGGAUGUUUCAGUUCAAACCUAAGAAAGACGUUAAUUUAAGAACUUAUGUAUCAUCUCUAGAUCAUGCAUGUCAGGACUUUUCUAACUACAUACGUUAAUAAGACUUGUAUAUAUGUGUGUGUAUAUGUAAGGCAUGCAUGCAGGGGUUGAAUGAUUUCCGCGAUACUGGAAGAUGAAUAUUGUACAAAUCAAUUUAGAUAAGGAGUAAUGUUAGAUAUAGUUAUGAGUUCUGCAA